CGUUGCAUGGCCUACCGGGUUCGCCACAAACGCGUUUUUUUUGUGUUGUCAAAAAAUUUGCGUAAAAAAAUAAAAUCCGCGUCUUUUCUGCCCAAAAGUGAAAGAAUCCGCGAAGCAGCGCAAUUUCUUCCGGAAGUAGUGCUAAAAUGCUGAAUCAAGUUGCCGUGGAGGCGCUCUAUUCAGCCACCUACGUGGAGAAUUACUUGGAUUCCGUGGAAAAUCUGCCGGAUGAUGUGCAGAAGUAUCUCUCACGUAUCCGGGAGAUUGAUGUCCAAUUCCGAGCUCAUCUCCGAGAUUCAGACUACUACUACGAGCAAUGGUCAAACUGCCCGACGAGUGAAUUGGAAUCUGCCAAUGCGAAGAGAUCCAGAGCCAUGGCUAGGAUUCAGCAGAGCUUCAUUGCUUCCCAGGAGCUUGGGGAUGAGAAGCUGCAAAUUGUGACGCAACUGCAGGAAUUGAUUGACCAGAAGACGCGACAACUGGAGCACGAUUUUAAGAAUUUGGAUUAUGGCAAAGAUGACGUAAUAAACGAUGUGCCGCAGAAGGAACAGAGACUUCCUAGUCCAACGAUGAAUCUUAGCAUUACGGGACUCACAACGGCUCAGCAGAUCUUUGUAGCAUCCCCCGUAGCAGCCAGCACAUCGGGAUCAGGUACAACAACUGCCCGGGAGAGUUUCAGUGGCUCCAACAGCAAUGGGGAACGUGCUUCCAAACGAGCCAGGCGCACCCGGGCUGAUACUCUUGUUGGCAGCGCCGAUCCGGGAACGUCAGACAACAACACCACCGUGAAUGAGGUCACCCCAGCAAAACAGAGCAACAACACAACACAAAAUACCGGAAGUGUCCAGAAGAAGGGUACCGGACAGACGGGCAAGAAGAAGAAGCGCAAAGCUCGAGGAGGUGCUGCCCAAGGGAGUGGGAACAAUCAAACACGUGAUCGUGAUGAUACUCCACCAGCAGAGGAGCCCAUUGAUCCCGAUGAACCCACGUACUGCCUCUGCGAUCAGAUUUCCUUUGGCGAGAUGAUUCUGUGUGACAAUGAUCUCUGUCCAAUAGAGUGGUUCCACUUCUCCUGUGUCUCCCUCAUGUCCAAGCCUAAGGGGAAGUGGUACUGCCCCAAUUGUCGCGGAGAUCGGCCAAAUGUAAUGAAACCGAAAGCACAAUUCCUCAAGGAACUUGAGCGCUACAACAAGGAGAAGGAAGAGAAGACAUAGGCCAGGCUCCUCAGGAUGUCUUUUACAGAAUUAUUAUGUAAUUUAAUCUCAUUGUAAUAUCAUUUAUGUGUCAUCAAAA